AUGGAGAACCCGCGAGGUUCGGUAAGCGAGCCACCAGAGGGCUGGGCUUGGGGGGCGAGUGAGGGCGGAACCCAACACUACGACGUGGACACCCGCCUCGCGGGCGACGACGUCAAGGAAGACAUUCGCCUCCACCCCGCCGCUGCGCUCCUCUACUCCUUCCCCGAGGGCGACGUGCGCGUGGGCCACAAGAAGCGCAAAACCCACACCCUCGGACCCUCCCUCCCCGCGGAGGCGCUUGGUCUGUUGAAGUCGGACUCCUACCUGCGGGACUGCAUAGGCCUUUUCACUCAGGACUGGACCACCGUGAAGCGUCGGUACCGCGAGCGCAACAGGCGCGACGAGCGCGUGCGAAGCCGUCGCCUUCUCUCGCCUGAGGCCGAGGCCGGCCUUCCACCGCAGACCUUCGAGUCGUUCGACUCACCCUCCUCCCGCAUACCCUCUGGCCCUGCAGCCAACACGGAGGAGCUAGACGUGGGCAAGAAGGGGAAGAAGAAGAAAGGGAAAAAAGAGAAGAAGAAGAAGGGAAAUCGGAGCUGCGGCGCGGCUGAGGAGGCCACCGAGAGCAGCGAGGAGGUCGCGCUGCGCCAGUACUUCGCCAAGACCGCUGAUCUGUCGCUCCACCCCCGCAACUACUUUGCUCGCGAUACCUACACGGGCGUACAACUGCUGGUCACGCCACGCAAGAUCAGUUUCGCCCUGGGCAAUUUUGAGCCCUUCUACGGAGUGCUCGCCCUCUACGACAUGGCCAAGAAGGUCAAGAUCUCGGAGAACUUCUACUUUGAUGUGAACGACGACGACGUGUCCAAGCUGACGCUCAGUGGGAGCAGCCAAGCCGAGCGGGCGAGCAAGAAGGCGCUCUUCCGUGUGGCCAAGCCCAGCGCCGACGUCUACCUCGUCCUCCGCAUCGAAAAGGUCCUCCAGGGUGAUCCCGAGGACUCCCUCGACCUCUACGGCAAAUGCGACUCGAUCAAGGAGAAGGACAGGGAGCGCCUGGAAGCACAUACCAAGGAAUGCUGCAAGCGCUUUGGCGAAUACCGUCAGGGCAUGGGGUGGUCGGUGCUGCCGCUGUUCGGUCAAGACGGCCAGCUGGCGGUGCCCGAGACGGCCACCUUUCAGCCCGUGUACCGAUACCGCCCCGAGGCCAGCGACGCACAAUUUUUCGCAUCCUGGGGCGACCAAUCCAAGGCGGGCUCCAAGCGGCUCAAGACGCUGCCGGGCAACUGCGUGGUGGAGAUCACCGAGGUGGCCGAGGGAGCCAAGCCCCCCGGACGCCUCACGCCCUCCCUCAUCCCGCUCAAGCCCGCCUGCCCCGCAGACGACAAGCAGACCGUCCUGGAGAUCGAGGAGUUCGGUGGCCUGCGCGGGGAUGGAGUUGCCACGGACUAUGUAAAUAACCUCUAUAUAUACCCCGAACUCGUGAACGGCGCCGCCUCCGGCCGCAACCUCGCCAUCCGUGUACAGCUCCUUAACUCCGACCGCGACCCGGAUGCUCCCUCGCCCCUGCCGUGCAUCUGCACUCGCUCGGGCGAGCUGGCGUCGGAUGCGGUCACCCUGGUGUCCUACCACGCCAAGAACCCGUCCUACUACGACGAGUUCAAGAUCUGCCUCCCGCCCACCAUCACGCCCGCCCACCACCUCCUCUUCACCCUCUACCACAUCCCCGUCCAGAUCGCCAAGAACAAGGACGUCGCCCCCGAGCGUAAGGUCAUCGGGUACGCGUGGCUGCCGCUGUUCGUCGACGGCCGCAUGGCCGGGGAAGACCACCAGGUGCCGCUGGCCGCCAACAUCGCCCCCGCCUACCUGUCCCCCGAAGGCAGCUCGCACAUCCGGUGGCUGGACGGAGGCAAGGCGUCGCUGCGAUUGAAGCUCCAGCUGGUGUCCUCCCUCUACACUCAGGACCACGCCCUCGGCGAGUUUUUUGCCUACAGCGUGCCCCCCGCGUCCCCCGACGCGCUGGUGCACACCCUCAAUGCGCUCACGGCCGUACCGCCCCGCAAGCUGGCGUGGUUCCUGCCGCUGAUGCUCAACCUCCUCUUCCGCCUGGCGUGCGUCGGAACGCUCACCACGCAGCGACACGCCUUCGCCACCAUCUUGACGAUCCUCAACAUCAUCAGCACGGAAAUGGACAUCGGGGCGGUGCUGGACAGCUACGCCAGCUACGUGGUGUGUCCCGCCGAGAUCGAACGCAACAGCAAGGUCUACCUCCACCACCAGAUCGCGAAGCACUGGGCCUUCUUCUUUGCGAGGGCCAGCAACGCCGAUGCGCCCAAGGAGGAGCUCUACAAGUUCGCCGGCUUCCUCUUCAAACUCAUCUACCGAUCCAUGGUGCUCAAGCUGCACAGCACGGGCGAGCUCAAGGACGAGGAGAGCACCAGCCGCAGAGGCCGGUUCGACCCGCAGUUCGAGGCGGAGCUGCGGAGCCUGAUCACCGGCCACACGCGCGUGCUGCAGGCCGGGCUGCGCGUGGGCCUCACCAACGCCAAGCUGCUAAGCCAGGUGCUGGCCCUGGCCCUCCACGACCUCAUGUCGGUGAUGGACCGCGGGGUGGUCCUCCACCUGGCCGACCUCAUCGCCGCCAACAUGGUGCCCCCCUCCGGCGAGUCGGUCUUCCACGGCCUCCGCCUCACUUUCCUUGACAUCCUCGCCGAGUACGAGCACUUGUUGCCGCUGUCCCUGCCGCUGCCUCCCGAGGUGCGGUCCAUCGUGAGCCUCCCGACCGACUGGCGGGAGCAGCACCUCCCCAUGGCCCUCCUCCUCGACUACUCGUCCCAGUACCUCCUCCACGACGAGAUCCAGCUGGCCGACGAGCGGUACGCGUGCCCCGAGUACGUGCCCCGCCUCGCCGGCCUCUUCCUCCCGUUCCUCCCGUUCCUCCUGCCGCACGCCAAGGCAUUGCGGGAGCGCUACCUGCACGAGCGGCGGGAGAUCCUGCUGGUGUGGCUGUGGCUGCUCGACUCCAUUCCGCACGUCCACCUCCGUUCCUGGUGGCAGAAGGAAACCCGCUCCCGCCUCCUCUUCUUCUUUGACGCUCUGCUCCUCGCCCUCGACACCUUCAACGCACGUCUACCCCCCCCCUCUCACCUCUUACCCCGCUCUCCUCGCAUUCUCUCUCCUUCCAUAUGGGCGCCUUCUAUAACCUUGGCAACCAUGUACGUGGGCAAGGAGACCAUCGAGGAGAAGAUCGCCGAAGGGAAGAUCGCGGCCGCCUCCACCAACGCCACAAAAGCGCUCCUGGAGAGCUUCUACACGGAGGUGGGGUCGACGUCGCGGGUGGGCGCGGCGGGCAGGCGCACUUACACGUCCCUGCGCGAGAAGCGGGUGGCGGCGCGUGCGCAGGGGCAGGCGGCCAAGGAGGGCGACCAGCGGCACUUCCGCGCCACCCUCGAGAAGCGCCACACCACGCAGGUCUCCUCGGAGCCCAAAUACCUCUUCUCGCCCCUCAUCGAGAAGAACCUGAGCGUGCAGGUGCAGCGGGUGGUGGUGGCCACCAUCGGCGAGUUCAUGAGCUGCUUCAAGACCGAGCUCUUCGGACCCGCCGGAUCCGGCCUCAUGGCCAAGCUCUUCGAAGUGCUCAAGUGCCUGCUGCAGCGCAACCAGGCAGUGGACCAGGUCGGCUGUGUCUACGGUGUGGGCGGUGAACCACGCCAAGGACCUGUUCUACCGCAACACCAACUACGUGGCCGAGAUCUGCCCGCUGCUCAUCAUGCAUUGUCACUCCCCGCACACGCCCUCCGCCGCCACGCCGCCGCCUUCCUCGCCCUCCUCAUGAAGCAGAACUACGACGAGGUCCGCAAGAACUUCACCCGCGUCAAGGUGCAAGUGACGAUCGCGCUGUCGGCGUUGGUGGGGCGAGGCAUCCGGGACGAUCAGUACCUGAUGGACGCGCUGCAGUUCAUGACCAAGGCCGCCCGCCACCUCGAGGCGCAGGACCACGCCGAGGUGCCGCGCCCCUUCGCCGCGCAGGUGGAGGACCUGGCGGGCCGGCUGCACACCAUCCUGCGGGACUCGGUCAAGAUCAACCAGCACGCCAACGACCCUGAGAUGAUGGCCGACCUCUACUUCCGCAUCUCCAAGUCCUACGCCAACACCCCCGACCUACGCAUCACCUGGCUCAUCAACCUCGCCAACUUCCACGCCCUCCGCUUGAACUGGGCCGAGGCGGGUCAGUGCGCGCUGCACAUGGGCGCCCUCAUCUCCGAGUACCUCGCCCUCAAGCGAGGCGCACCCGACGCGACGCAGGUGGCCCUCCCCAAGAACUGCCACGCCUUCCUCGGGAUCUCGCCCAAUGUGGUCGAGGAAGCUCUCACGGAGAUCUCCAUGGUGGGGGGCGGAGAGGAGGGGAUGUGCGAGUCGCAGCUCUUCAGCGACCGGGGCCUCGUCAGCGUGCUCCUCGACGCCGUCGACUACUUCAAGAAGGGCGCCCUCUACGAAAUCGCCGUCGAGGCACGCACGCUACCCCCUGUGUACAAGAUCAUCCUGCCCGCCCACGAGGCUGCGCGCGACUACCGCGCCCUUUCGCGCGCCCACGCCGAUCUCCAGGCCAUCUACCAGGACAUCGCCAGCGCCAACGAGCUGCAGAGCCGCAUGCUGGGGAGCUUCUACCGCGUCGGAUUCUUCGGCGCGGGCUUCGACGAGCUCGACGGACAGGAGUUCAUCUACAAGGAACCCAAAAUCACCCGCCUCGGUGAGAUCACCGAGAGACUUCUCGAGCAAUUCGGGGAGCGGCUGGGUAGCGAGCGGGUGCGGUUGUGGACAUCUCAGGGCGAGGUGGAGCGGGAGAAGCUGGAUCCGGCCCUCUGCUACAUCCAGAUCACCUCCGUCGACGCCUACUUCACCCCCGAGGAGGCCCAGAGUCGCGUCACAUACUUUGAGCGCUACAACAACCUCCAGCGAUUCAUAUUCGAGACGCCGUUUACGGUGGGCGGCGGUGGCCAAGCGGGCCAUGUGCGGGACCAGUGGAAGCGCAAGACCAUCCUCACCGCGGAGAACCACUUCCCCUACGUCAAGAAGCGCAUUCCCGUGCGCCACAAGCAGGAGACAUGCUUGAGUCCGAUCGCCAACGCCGUGGAGACGAUCGAGGGGCGGGCGGCCGCCAUCACUGCGGAGCUGCAGGCCGAGCCGAGCCCCAACCCCAACUCCCUCCAGGGGCUCCUGCAAGGCGCCCUCCUCCUACAGGUGCACGCUGGUCCGCGCGAGAUCUGCAAGACGUUCCUGGUGGACGACGACGAGGGGGCGUGCGCCUACGCCGAUGCCGACAAGCUGAAGCUGCGCGUGGCCUUCAAGGCCCUCGUCGAGGCCUGUGGCCGGGCACUCCAGACCAACAGCGAGUUGAUCGACGCCGAGGGGCUGGCGCUCCACGAGGAGAUGCAGCGCGGGUUCCUCGAGCUCACCCACAUUUUGGCGCCCGUCCUCCACCCCGCGCCCACGGGGGCCUCCUCCUCCACUUCGUGA